GUUUGCAGGCCGAGGGUGACGUAGGAUGGAGGCUGCGAGGGCAGACUGAAAGCAGCCCGCAGGGUGGCGCGAGGACACGUGUGGAGUACAUGAGGGCAGCAGGUGUCCGCCCUACGGGGAUGCACUUGUUCCUGUCCUUCCCUCUUUGGCUUUUCCUCUAGUCCCCUUCCUCCCCCUUUAGAGGCUUCCUCAGGACAGGUUGAAGUCAUUGAAGUGUUCCCAUCACCAGAUGAUCCUGGCAUAUUGGGAAAUUCGGGGGCUCGCCCAUCCAAUCCGUUUGUUGUUGGAAUAUACAGGGACCCCCUAUAAGGAGCUGCUCUAUAACUAUGAGAAAUGUUCUGAUUAUGAUAAAAACGAAUGGUUUAAAGACAGAUAUACUCUUGGGCUCGACUUUCCCAAUCUACCCUACCUGAUUGAUGGGAACAUCAAGAUCACCCAGAGUAAUGCUAUCUUACGCUAUAUUGGACGAAAGCACAAGAUGUGUGGGGAUACUGAGGAGGAAAAAGUGAGAGUGGACAUUUUGGAGAGUCAAGCCAUGGAUUUUCGAAUGCAGCUGGUGAGGGUUUGCCACGACCCAAACUUUCCUCUCACUCUGUCUCCACAGGAAAAUUUGAGACUCAUCUAUCUACAGCAGCUACCUAAAACUCUUCAGCUCUUCUCCCAUUUCCUGGACACAAGGAGGUGGUUUGCUGGAAAGAAGAUGACUUUUGUGGAUUUCUCCAUGUAUGACAUUCUUGACCUGAACUGCAAGUUUUUACCCACAUGCCUGGACCCUUUCCCAAACCUGCAGGAAUUCCUCACUCGGUUUGAGGGCCUAAAGAAGAUCUCAGCCUACAUGAAUUCUCCACGAUAUCUCCCCAAACCAGUGUUUCUGAAGAUGGCCAAGUGGGGCACUCAGUAGAACUCAGAAAAGUCCAAAGACUGGGAGGAAUGACUCUGACUCUCCUGACUCUCAAGAAGUCAGAGGGUCCCUAGAUUUUCUCCUGUGAUAUCUCUAAAUCAGACUUCCCCAGUAAAGUGUAUUGACCAUUGCUUUUUCCUUCUUCCUUUUUGUCCCCUCUCUCUCCAGCAUUUUCCCAGGUUCCUCAGUUCUCUAAGAUUCUGAACUCUUUUCUUGCCCCUUUCUACUUGCUUCUCCCCAGGUCCUUCACUCCCCCUCCUCAUCUGCAAGGUCCAGGAGCAUCUCCAUCACCGGCUGAUCACAAACUGACUAAUGGAAUUCUUGAAUUUACUCUAUCAGUACCUUAACACACUCAAAGGUGAACCAAGUGGGGAAGGCACAUUACCAGUCUCCUAUAACUCUCCUUCCCUCCCACCAAUCCUCAUUCUUUGGACAGGCAUCCACAUUCCCUGGGAUAGUCAAUCAGCCAAUCAAUCUACCAACCAAUUAUUUAAUAAGCUCCUACUCUGAGCAUUGUACUGUACUAAACACUGGAUAUUCCAACUCAAAAAAUGAUACAGUUCUCAAGAACUGCCCUCAAGAACUGAUUAUAUUCUAACAGGUGAGAUAGCACAUAUAGGUUUAUUCAAAAUAAAUAUAAAAUAAUCAAAUACAACAUAGUUGGGAGAAGGGAAAGAAUCCGAAAAAGCUUCAUAUAGAAGGUAGCAUUUUGGACUUUUCUCUUGAAACAUGAACAUUUUUUUUGGGAUGGGUCAAUGUGGGGAUUUGUUUUGCUUGACUAUGCAUAUUUAUUAUAAAGUUUUAAGUUUGUAAAGUU